AAUGUCGAACGAAUCUGACAAGAGGAUAUCAACCCCAGAUGGUGGUUGGGGAUGGAUGGUUGUUGUAGGAGGAUUUUUUAUACUACUGCUUCAUGGAGGUUUCUUAACCGCUUAUACAUUUAUUUUUACCGAACUUCGAAUUCUCUUUCAAUCGGGAGCGGAAAGGUUAGCUUGGGCAAGUUCAAUAAAUAAUCUAUGCAAAUUUCUACUAGGCCCUGUAACUGGUAGCUUAGUUCAACAUUUUGGAACAAGAAAAUUAAGUGUUUUGGGGGGAUUUUUAUAUGCUGCUGGAAUAUUUUUGACUGGUUUUGCCAAAACUCCUGAAUUUUCUUAUAUAUCAUACGGAUUUUUAACUGGCGUCGGUGCAGCCUGUGUCAGUACCUCGUUGUAUGUUGCAAUAGCCGAAUAUUUCCAUAAAAAGAAAGCACUUGCCAUGUCUAUUGUUUUUACUGGAGAUAGUUUUGGUAUGAUAAUAUAUGUUUUUUUAAUUCCAAAACUACUAGAGGAAUAUGCAUUUAAGGGUACUAUGAUGAUUUUAGCUGCAUUACUUGGCAACUUAUGUGUGUCUGGUAUGCUCUUUAGACCGUUGGAGUAUAAUAAGCCUGAAUUAAAAGUAGAAACUAAUGAUAAAGAGUCUGGUGAUAAGAAGUCGGAAAAAAAUUGGAAGAGAGAUUUAAAAGUAACAUUAAAGAACUAUCGAGAAAUAGUGACAGAUUUUAAAAAAUGUUCAUUUAUUGCAUAUUUAUUCUGUAUAUGUAUCGGCCUAGCCAUAAGUCAGUUAUUCUUAUCUGAUUUAGCUUUGGAUCAAGGAUUAACAACAAAAGACGCUUCAUUGGCAAUAUUAAUAUCAGCAUCUUUGAACAUUUUCAUCAGAAUUUUAGCUGGUUAUUUAUUUGAUAGAGCGUUUAUUAAAAAGUAUAGGGAAGUAUACUUUUCGUUUAUUGGGAUUGGUUAUGGAAUUUCCCUUGUGACCUUGUCUUUCCCUGUUGGUAGAAUAUACUUCUAUCUAAAUUAUGCUUUGUUAAUGUGCUUUAGUUGUAUUCAUUAUUCUCAAUAUGCAACUGUUCUAACUGAUGGUGUUGAUCCAAAAAAGUAUGGCGAGAUUAUAGGCCUAUGCAGAUUUACAAAUGGAUUAGGGUUUGUUAUCGGUCAAGCCGCCGGAGGUAAGUAA